CCUGCCAGAAGUACGAGUUGCACUUUGUGUGAAGCCAGAACUACGCAUAACCGAGGUGAAAGAUGAAGGAACCGGAUGCGGAUGGGAGUGUCCCCAUCGAUAGGCCCCAGGAGAUGUCGAUGGCAACACGGGAAGUGCAAACGCAGCAGACGGAGAUAGCGGCUUCGAUCGUACGUUCCAGCCUGGCGGAGAUUGAAACCCAAGCGUCCGCUAUGUUGAAUCACCUCGAGUACGUACGGAGUGGGCAAAAGCAAAUGCAACCGCAACAGCAACCAGCAAGUAGGGAUUCAUCCGACGAAUCACCGACAGCGUCGUACGGGCUAAACCCAACGAAGAAACCACAUACCGAGGUGCUUGCGUCGCUGGAACAGCUAUUGACGGGGUUGCUCGCCGAAGAGGAUGGUAGUGUGGAGCAGCAAGAGUUUGUGUUGCCCCCGUUGGACGAAGCAUCCCAUCUUGCGAUUCUGCAACAUUCGACCGCCGCCUAUCUAAGUGCCCUCGAACGACACCAGCUGGCACGAGUAGUGUCUCGACUGGCGACCGACACGGUCAGAUGGCUUGGUGGGUUAUUCAAAUUUACCGAAUGCCACGCCAACUACUGUCGGGACGAUGCCGAAUGCACGCUGCAAGCGAUCCGGCUUGCGCUCGUCCACCAGCAGGGGGAAGCUCGUGCCGAAGCGCGACCACCACCGUCCGCCCACACUAUCUAUCUGGCCGAGCUCAGCCAGCUCUUUACGGUGCAGCAUGCAUGCCGGUACCUCGGACUGCCCCUAUCCUGCAUUCGCGUCGUACCGUGCCAGCGCGCUGAAGACGCACAGGAUGGAUGUGGCGGGCGUAUGGAUUUGCAACAGCUAAACAAUAUGCUCACGAUGGAUGAGGCGGCAGGACGGCAACCACUGCUGCUGCUCGCUACUAUCGGUAAUCCGCUCACCGGCGUGUCAGACGAUUUGCAAUCGCUCAGCUCAAUCUGUACCUCACAGCGCAUAUGGCUACACUGCCAAGGUCUCGGGUUGGCUGGGCUUGCAGUCGCUGCUACGUGGCUAGACAAGUCUAAACGAUUGCCCAACUCGAUGACGCUCAGCCUAAACAGUUGGCUCGGUCUGACAGGUGUUCCGUCCGUGCUGGUCCACAAAGCACGUACGUCCACCGUCAAACCGAGUACCGUCUUCGACAGUGAUCCGAUCCUAUCCAACCGUGUGUCCUGCUUGAGUGUUUGGUCCGUCCUGCAGGCGCUCGGCGCGGACGUUGUGAUAGAACGCAUCUUCUUCGCUUUCGAAUCCUGUCAGGCACUUGGCAAGAUAUUGCUACAAUUUGAGGGCAUCAACGUACUGAGCAAGGUGGCGGUUCACGACUCCAGUGAACAAUAUCGUCAUGAUCUUGAAAGUUCUGCUAAUUAUGACAUUCUGUUUGAUCACAGCAUACCGGUGCUACUGUUCCAGUUUGAUGGUCACACAGAUAGGCGCAACCGAACGGAACCGGAAUCGGAACAGACGGCAACAAAAGAAACAGAUGCAGAACCGAAACCCGACACGCCCAACGUGGAGAAAACUGCAUCCAACGCCCAGUACUACGAUCGCCUUAACAGCUGGCUGGGGCAGAUUCUGUUGCGCGACUGUGGCCAGCUAAGCCUGGAGAUGAUCGAACACGAGCAGCACGGUAUCUGCAUCCGGUACUGUCCGUUUGUGCCCGGGUACAGUGAGCAGGUGUCCCGGCUAACGUCCGACAUGCUGGCCACAUUUGCCGGAUGCAUCGAAACGCAGAUCGAAAUACUGCACUCGACCAUCCGGCACCGGGCAAGGUUCCAGCGGCUGGUCGCUGAGAGUGGUGUGCUGCGGCUGAUCGAGCUGCACGAUUGGGCCGGUCUCGGCGGUGUGUACUACGUGCCGGAAGGCUGGGAAACGUUGCUCACCGACCAGGCAAAGGGCGAGCUGAACAAGCUCAACACGGCACUGGUCGAAGCGCUGCAGGCAACCGAUAGUGCAUUUUCCCACGCCGAAAGUAGCGAUGGGUUGAUCUGUGUUAGAUUCGGUAUGGUAACGAGCGAAACGGAUGUGGAGGAACUGCUGGAGCUGGUGGUCCAUACGGCACGCGUGGUACAGGAAAAUUCCAAAAUCCUCGACACGAUGUCGGAAAUACUGAAGAAAGGCAUCGAGGCGGCCACAAUCGAUCUGCAACGGGAGGCGGAGGAAAAGCUAUGGCAGGAGGGUAUACUGCGACAGGUGCCUCUUGUUGGGCGGGUCGUGAAUUGGUGGUCACCCCCAGCGAAGGAAACCGGCAUGAAGGGUCGCAGCCUUAACCUUACGCAAGGUGUCGUCGAAAGUACGGAAAACAUUUACAAGUAUCACAUGCAGAUGACACCGAAAACGUCCCAUCAGCUACCAGGCAAUAAGGGCCCACCGGCCCCGCUCGUACAGAAAGCAAUCAAUGCUGAUCCGGACGAACGUUCGGUGCAACAUUCGCGUAAUGCCAGCUCGAGCAGCGAACUGUCUGGUACCGGGUCGGCCGGUCGUACCACCAUUCCUGUGCUGGCGAAAACACCCCACUCGCCCACACAGCAGUCACACUCGUCUCCUCCACCAGCAACGAAACCAUUAACGCCGCCGAACGGGAACAUGGCCGUCUCUGAGCCACAGCUCACAUCCACACCGAACGAUGGUGCUACAAACGAACCGUAAACAUCCGCACCAACAGCGGAAUAUAUAUGCGGAUGAGAAACGGUCCUACAGCUACACAAAAAAACCCAUCUUACCGCUACCCCGGGAGCUAUCGAGUUCACGUUUACCAAAGCUUUUCGUUUGUUAAAGGUUUUAAGUUUUACACCUUCCCCGUUUUUCGUUCUUUUUGCCGGAAGGAUGCUGCUCUUCCCAUUUUCCCGUCCCACUUGUGGAACACCAUUCCAAUUAUAGGUUAUAGAUUAAAAAACAGAUAGCAACGGCAUUGGUUGACGGACCAAGCAGCAGACGACAGAAGUGUUUUUCUCUGUGCCGUGCAACGCGUACCGUUUGUUUAUGUUUGGGUUUUGUUAUAUUUAAACCAUUCAACCGUGCUUACUAGUAUUAUUAAUAGUUGUUGUGCUCAAAACCAGCACCGCACAGUAAUGGCAUUUGUGUGAAGGCGCAAUCAUUGCGGAAUAGUGAGAAAUGUGUAAAGUUUGGUUACGCACCUUUGCGUUCGCGUAGUAUUGUUGUUAUAUUCGUUUAUCUUAGUUUUAAUUUACAAAACAUAAAAAGACCUCACCUUAUAGGCCACACCAAAAACACACGUGAAAUAAUGGCAAGCACCGGAUAGUGUAUAGGACAAACGAGACAGCCACACGUUUACAACACGUUUUAAAAAGCAAGUUUCUUUUAAUUAUCAUUUGGCGCUACGAUCUGCUCAUAUGUUUUGUUGUUUAUUAGAGACAUACGGUCUACAAACUGCGGAGCCUGUACUACAAUACACCUGUCGCGACAAACAAAACUAGGGCUAUAUAGAACUUACAUAGUUCCAGUACUCACAUACGCCUCUGAGACAUGGACUUUGUCUAGUACUGACGAAACCCUCUCAGACGCAUUCGAGAGAAAGAUGCUCAGGAUGCUCUACGAGUUCAUGUCAUUAGAAUGACACAGGAAGACCCAGCUCCUAAAGCCCUUUUAGGUCCACAAUAGAGCAUAAAUUGAGAUGGUCUGAUUGCGUUGUUGCGUGCGCCCGUCGAUCGUCGAUAAUAUGGUGCACGACCGUGAGUGUUUUAGAGAACUCUGGCAGCAGGUCAAAACCAGCAAAGCGGUUGUAACGCCAGACAAGUAAAUAAGUAAGACAUACAUGGCACUUAAUGGGACCGCACCGAACAUUCGCAAGGAUGUACCUAACCCCUGUUUGUUUUCUUAACAUCCCCUCUAACACAUUCCUCUCCAACAUCAAAAAAACACCUACUUUAUAUCCCACGGUACAACGAGUUAAAUACUUGCGGAUGUUUAAGCACGGGCUAGCUAUGCCGCGAUGAUAGCAGCAAUCAAAAUUAGCACAUUGCAUUACAAUUAUCUGCGACGACGCACAUACAAAUAUACGAUUUUGUAGCAAUAAUACAAACAAAACACACACUGACACACGGGAAAGCUGAAUGUGUUGCUAAAGGAAAGCAAGCAAACAUGCAAAGCAAUAUAAGGAGAUAUAGAAAGUUACAUACAGAUAUACGCAUGCAUUUUAGAAGAGUCAUUUUUUAAAAGGAACACAACAAUACAAAACGAUAAUAGUUGUUACGGAUAUCGAUUUCGAGGCCGGAUUUCUACGUUAUCUCGUUCUCUCUAUCUAUUUCUCUCUUGCUUAUUUUCUAGACGGGGUGGUUUCCCUUCCUUCCUGACAUAAGAAAAAAAAAACACACACACCCGUACGAUACACUAGGUUCAGCUAAACAAUAGAUAAUAGAAAAUCUAGUGCAUGACAAAUAUUCGCUACUAUUACUCUCUCUCUCUCUCUUUCUCUAAACACACAAACACUUUCUCUCUAUCUCCUUACCCCAUGUCCAAAUUCGUGUUUUUUUGUUUGUUUGUUCCGCAACGCAGUUGUUUGUUAUCAUGUAUUUGUAAAUAAGCGAAUAAAACAAAACAAAAAUGUGAUAAAACACAU